GAGAUUUCAGUCAAUGUGGAAAUGCGAUAGUCACAGCAGUAUCAGCACCAGUAGUUCUGGAAGUUUCUUACAUGGUGGCUAGCUAGCGACAUGGUGAAAAGCGUAUUUUGAGUAGCCACGAUAUCUCAGCUCAUAAAUUGGUUUAUUCAGCAGAGAGUGGGAUAUAUUUAUGUAACUCCAUAGUUUAAUAGCUCAAACAAAAUCGUGGAGGGUCGGAUUUGUAACUAGCUUGCAGCUGUCAGCCGGUUAAGUAGCUAGCCAGCUUCAAACACUACAUUUCAGUGUGGUUGGUUGACAGCCUUUGAUAUAAGAUUAACUGGUGAAUUGACGAUGCUUUUUUGAAUAUCAAGCGUUACUUGACAGAUACUUGUAAUGGGUAAAGACUAUUAUAAAGUGUUGGGUAUACAGAAAGGCGCCUCUGAGGACGAGAUAAAGAAGGCGUAUCGAAAGCAGGCCCUGCGAUAUCACCCUGAUAAAAACAAGUCCACUGGAGCUGAGGAUAAAUUCAAAGAGAUCGCCGAGGCCUAUGAUGUCCUCAGCGACGCAAAGAAAAAGGAUAUAUAUGACCGAUAUGGAGAAGAAGGCCUGAAGGGGCACACAGCCGGCGGGGGUGGUGGUCCCAAUGGCCCCAACAACUACAACUACACCUUCCAUGGAGAUCCUCACGCCAUGUUUACAGAGUUUUUUGGCGGCCGCAGCCCAUUCGACCAGUUCUUCGCACGCAACGGGGACGAUGACAUGGACACUGAUGACCCCUUUGCGGCAUUUGGUAUGGGAGGGAUGGGGGGUAUGCCGGGUGGAAUGGGAGGGUUCCACCAACACCAGAGGUCCUUCAAAUCCCGACCAGGGGGUCCCCACGGGGGCCGUGAGAAGAAGAAGGAUUCUCCGGUGGUGCACGAGCUGAAGGUGAGCCUGGAGGAGGUGUUCUCCGGCUGCACCAAGAAGAUGAAGAUCUCCAGGAAGCGGCUGAACCCGGACGGCUGCAGCAUGCGCAGCGAGGACAAGAUCCUGACAGUGGACAUCAAGCGAGGCUGGAAGGAAGGGACCAAGAUCACCUUCCCCAGGGAGGGAGAUGAGACGCCCACUAACAUUCCUGCUGACGUGGUGUUUGUGGUCAAAGACAAACCCCAUCCUGUGUUCCGCCGGGAUGGCUCCGAUAUCAUCUACCCUGCUAGAGUGUCCCUCAGAGAUGCACUGUGUGGAUGCACGGUCAGCGCUCCCACUCUGGACGGUAGGACUGUGACUGUGACCUCCAGAGACAUGGUCAAACCUGGGAUGAAGAAGCGUAUAGUGGGAGAGGGACUACCCCUGUCCAAGUGCCCAGAGAAGAGGGGGGACAUGGUGCUUGAGUUUGUAGUGAAAUUCCCUGAGAAUUUGGGGCAGAGUGCCCGCGAUGCACUGACUCAGAUUCUUCCUCCUUGAAUGACUAAGUAGCUUUUGAAGACACCUAACAAACACGAAGACAGCCAGUCGUCUUUCUCCAUUACAGUUGUCCUUACCCUAGGCCAAAGAACAGAAUAGUUGUUUGGGAAUUAUACCUGUUUAUUUUGAUUCAACCUUUGAUCCAAAUGAUAAUUCAGUUAUGUAUUUAACCACCAUGAGAUAUUGACCAUGAGAUAUUGAGUAACAUGUUGGUCUCUGUUCUGAUGUUAGCUGUUCUGUUUGGUUCAUAAUUUUUUCCUGUUUAAUAUUAUUAAAACAUUUAGAUUUUAUUACCUACAUGUCCUAUUGACAGUAUUCCAUUUCCCAUUGGAAGGGAAAAUAAAGACACUUCUGGGGGACCCAGUGCUAGACAUUGGAUAAUAAUGUUUGAGCAUAGGGCAAGGGUUGGUCUGGCCCUGUAGAGAUGACUGGAGCUGGUUGUUAUAAGGUCCGAGGGAUAGGUAGAGUUGAAGAUGCCUGUGGCAAACAGAGCACUGACGUGGAAUUUGUGUGGUAUCCAGUUGUUUUGAUAGUGCUUCCAGAAUAUUUGUUGCAGGCAACUUAUCAACUAUAUCUCUCAGGAGCAGUGACACACUCCUGAAUGUAGAUAUACUUAUAAAUACAAUGCAUACAGUGCCAUCGGAAAAUAUUCAGACCCCUCGACUUUUCCCACAUUUUGUUACGUUACAGCCUAAUUCUAAAAUUGAUUAAAGUCGUUUUUUUUCUUAUCAAUCUACACACAAUACACCAUAAUGACAAAGCAAAAACAGGUUUUUAGAAAUGUUUUAGAAGAAAAAAAAAUAUACAUCACAUUUACAUAAGUAUUGUGACCCUUUACUCAGUACUUUGUUGAAGCACAUUUGGCAGCGACUACAGCCUCGAGUCUUCUUGGGUAUGAUGCUACAAGCUUGGCACACCUGUAUUUGGGCAGUUCCUCCCAUUCUUCUCUGCAGAUCCUCUCAGGCUCUAUCAGGUUGGAUGGGGAGCAUUGCGGCACAGCUUUUUUCAGGUCUCUCCAGAGAUGUUUGAUCGGGUUCAAAUCCGGGCUCUCAAAUCCGGACAUUCAGAGACUUGUCCCGAAGCCACUCCUACGUUGUCUUGGCUGUGUGCUUAGGGUCGUUGUCCUGUUGGAAGGACAACAACCCCUUUGCCCCAGUCUGAGGUACUGAGCGCUCUGGAGCAGGUUUUCAUCAAGGAUCUCUCUGUACUUUGCUCUGUUCAUCUGUGCCUCGAACCUGACUAGUCUCCCAGUCCCUGCCGCUGAAAAACAUCCCCACAGCAUGAUGAUGCUGCCACCACCAUGCUUCACCGAAGGGAUGGUGUUAGGUUUCCUCCAGACGUGGCGCUUGGCAUUCAGGCCAAAGAGUUCAAUUUUGGUUUCAUCAGACCAGAGAAUCUUGUUUCUCAUGGUCUGCAAGUCUUUAGGUGCCUUUUGGCAAACUCCAAGCGGGCUGUCAUGUGUCUUUUAUUGAGGAGUGGCUUCCGUCUGGCCACUCUACCAUAAAGGCCUGAUUUGGUGGAGUGCUGCAGGGAUGGUUGUCCUUCUGGAAGGUUCUCCCAUCUCCACUUAGGAACUCUAGAGCUCUGUCAAUGACCAUCUGGUUCUUGGUCACCUCCCUGACCAAGGCCCUUUCCCCCCGAUUGCUCAGUUUGGCUGGGCGGCCAGCUCUAGGAAGAGUCUCCGUGGUUCCAAACUUCUUCCAUUUAAGAAUGAUGGAGGGCAAUGUGUUCUUGGGGACCAUUUUUGGUACCCUUCCCCAGAUCUGUGCCUUGACACAAUCCUGUCUCGGAGCUCUACGGACAAUUCCUUCAACCUCAUGGCUUGGUUUUUGCUGUGACAUGCACUGCCAACUGUGCAACCUUUGUAUAGACAGUUAUGUGUCUUUCCAAAUCUAAUCAAUUGAAUUUACCACAGGUGGACUCCAAGUUGUAGAAACAUCUCAAGGAUGAUAAAUGGAAACAAGAUGCACCUGAGCUCAAUUUCGAGUCUCAUAAAAGGGUCUGAAUACUUAUGUAAAUUAGGUAUUUCUGUUUUCUAGGUUUAAUACAUUUGGUUAAAAAAAUUGUUUUAACUGUUUUUGCUUUGUCAUUAUGGGGUAUUGUGUGUAAAUUGCUGAGGAUUUUUUAUUUAAUCCAUUUUAGAAUAAUACUGUGACAUGACAAAAUUUGAAAAAAGUCCAGGGGUCUGAAUAUAUCUUUGGUGUUGUCGGCAUUAUUUUGCAGUGAGGUAUGCGAGAGAUUCUGAAACUGCGUUAUGUUGGGGAACUAGAGCAAAUAGAAUUCAGAAAAUUCUUUCAGCUUAAAUGGGAGGGGCAAAACUGGGGAUUCUUGAGCACAACUUGCAAAUCAUGUUCAAACUAACCCAGAGAAUGAGGUAUGAAUAAAAAAAAAUAGGAAUUCACUCCAGGCAACUCCCUACAGAUUCCACAUACUUGAUACACUACAUGUCCAAAAGUGAGUGGACAACCCUUCAAAUGAGUGGAUUUGGCUAUUUCAGCCCCACUCAUUGCUGACAGGUGUAUAAAAUCGAGCACACAGCUAUGCAGUCUCAAUAGACAAACAUUAGCAGUAGAAUGGCCUUACUGAAGAGCUCAGUAACUUUCCAACAAGUUAGUUCGUCAAAUUUCUGCCCUGCUAGAGCUGCCCCAGUCAACUGUAAGUGCUGUUAUUGUGGAAACAUCUAGGAGCAACAACAGCUCAGCCCCGAAGUGGUAGGCCACACAAACUCACAGAACAGGGCCACUGAAGCAGGUACAAAUCGCCUGUCCUUGGUUGCAACACUCACUACUGAGUUUCAAACGGCCUCUGGAAGCAAAGUCAGUACAAUAACUUCAUCGAGAGCUUCAUGAAAUUGGUUUCCAUGGCUGAGCAGCCACACAAGAUCACCAUGCGCAAUGCCAAGCAUCGGCUGGAGUGGUGUAAAGCUCACCGCCAUUGGACUCUGGAGCAGUGGAAACACGUUCUCUGGAGUGAUGAAACACGCUUCACCUGGCAGUCCGAUGGACAAUCUGGGUUUGGCGGAUGCCAAGAGAACGCUACCUGCCCGACUGCAUAGUGCCAACUGUAAACUUUGGUGGAGGAGGAAUAAUGAUCUGGGACUGUUUUUCAUGGUUUGGGCUAGGCCUCUUAGUUCCAGUGAAUGGAAAUCUUAAUGCUACAGCAGACAAUGACAUUCUAGACGAUUCUGUGCUUUCAAUUUUGUGGCAGCAGUUUGGGCAAGGCCUUUCCUGUUUCAGCAUGACAAUGCCCCAGUGCACAAAGCAAGGUCCAUACAGAAAUGGUUUGUUGAGAUCAGUGUGGAAGAACUUGACUGGCCUGCAUAGAGCCCUGUCCUCAACUCUAUUGAACACCUUUGGUAUGAAUUGGCACGCCGACCCAGGUCUAAUCGCCCAACAUCGGUGGCCGACCUCACUAAUGCUCUUGUGGCUGAAUGCUGCGGGGACUUGCUUCCAAUGUUCCAACAUCUGGUGGAAAGCCUUCCCAGAAGAGUGGAGGCAGUUAUAGCAGCAAAGGGAGGGACCAAGUCCAAAUUAAUGCCCAUGAUUUUGGAAUAAGAGCAGGUGUCCACAUACUUUUGGCCAUGUAGUGUAGCUUCUCCAGUUGUAUAGAUUUUAGUUAUUCAAGGGCGCGUUAUCUAUUUUGUGCCAAAUGUCAAGUCACAGAUGUGAGAUUGACCUUGUUUGUGUGUGUGUGUGUAUAGACAAACGUGCACCAUCUUAUUGUGAAAUACUAUAAGAAGAUGGUGUGAUAUGUUUUGACCUCUGUAGGACCCCUUACAUUUAGCUUGAGGAUCACUAUUGUUGUAAGUAUGAUUAACUUGUAUGCCCAUUCUUCAGUGAAACUUGUAGGUGUGUUUACUCUGCAGUGAUUCUUUAGAAGCUGUUCAAAACGGCAGUGCAUUUUAGCUGUUUAAAUUCUCUCUAACUCUGUUAAAGCUGUGAAACUAAUAUCUACUGCUACUUCGGAACCUCUAUGCAAACCAUUUCUGUUAGGAUAAUCUUCAUCCUUUUUAUUUUGUCAUAUCCUGUACUUCUUACACACUGCAGAGCAAACAAUGUCUUGUCUAAUAUGGCUGCUUUUAGACGGGCCCCAAUUCUGAGCUUUUUUUCCCACUAAAUUGUAUUUUGACCAAUCAGAUCAGCUCUGAAAAAGAUCUGCUGCGAAAAGAUCUGUGAUUGGUCAAAACACCAAAUUAGUGGAAAAAGGAUCAGAAUUGAGCUGCCUGUGUGAACGCAGCCUACAGUAUGCAGUGAACUGAUUUUUGAAGCACAUUGUUUGAGAUAAAGCAAGCCUAAGCAUCUGUGGUAAAUAAGGAAAUCAUUCCAAAAAUGACAGUUGACAAACUGUAAAAUAGCCAAGUAGUGAGUCAGUUGUAUUGUUAAAAUAUGUUUGAAUUAUUUGAAUAAUGUCAUUUUCAAGUACUUGAAAUAUAUAUUUUAACCUGGGGUGCAUUCAUUACACCGAUUCUUUUGCAAAACGUUUAAUCUGUUGCACGAAAGGUUUACGCCAAACGGAAAAUGUUUUGUAAAUUAUUUUUAUUGGACAAAUUGAGGUAGGUCCCGCACCGUUUCGUGCUGUUUGGUUCUCAAACGGUUCCCGUUGCAAGAUGUAAUGUAUUUGAUUGUCAUUGAGGUUGUAAUGAUCAGUCAACACGUACCCAUUUAUCAUUCCACUCCAAGUGGAGUUCCACUCUUAUUUCAUUUUAACAGAUACAUGUGGUUUAACAUGAAUGUAGAGAUGUGUAAUCUCGGUUGAACUUUUUUGUUAAAAAAUAUUUGCUUUAUUUGCAAAUGUUUUCCUUUGAUGGAAAAGUUUAAAUAGUUUUUAUAAAAUUUGCAGACAUUCUGUAUUAUUAUUAUGCACCCAGAAUUUUAUUUGACAAAUAGGUGUUAGCAAUCUGCUUUAAAUUUGUAUGAAACUGAACAUUUUUAUUUUAUUUGUCCUAUCCUUUGAACAAAUGAGGUCCCCUUGGCAUUUUGUGGUAUUUUAGUUGUUGCAAAGACUGGCAAACUUGUAAAUAUCAAAUAAAAUUGUACAAAAUUA